GACCGUUAUUCAGCCACCGUUGCCACCUUGUCGCCAUUAAGGUCUUCGACCGCCGGUGGUGCUAGAUGUGGUCCGGAGGAGGUCGAGGUGGUGAGAGGAUCGGCUUUGUUCUUUUGUGAGAUUGGGCAAGAACUGUUUUAGAACUGAGACAGUGGGAAAAGGGGAACGGGAUUGGUGGCACAGCCUGUUUCUGUGACCGUUGAGAGACAGUGGCAGAAUUCUGUCAGGUGCGCUAGCGUGACUAGGCCGCAGUGACCAUAGCGAUGGACUUGGGCGACCCGUCUAGUGGCUUUCGCCACAGCGAAAUAAUUAGAUUUAUUAACAAUGAAAUCCUCAUGAAUGGAGGUGGGCCCGAAUUCUACAUGGCUUUCCGCAUGCGGCCCUGGAAUGAGAUAGAAGACCAACUUCGCGCCAUUUUGAUAGAUCCUCAGGUGCCGCGUCCUCUCAAAAGGGCCUGUACCUGGAGUGCCCUGGCACUGAGUGUGCGAAUAUGUGCAAGGCAGCGUGAGCAGCAGGCUUAUAUGGUUGGGUUGCCACAAGAUGCAUUAGGGCAGCGUCCCUCGGCUCCUAGGGCCUCAGUCUCAGAGUUGUGGCAGCUCCGUCAACAGCGUGAGGAGGCUGUCACUCAGUUGAUUUCUACUCAAGCUGCCCUACAGCAGGCGAUGAGGGAGUGUGAUCUGUUGCGUCGGAGGCUGCACCAUGUUGAAAGAUCGGUCCAGAUGACUCCUCUGGUUCAUGAUAUAGUGCCUGGUAUUCAAACCCAACAGCUUGGGGCUUCAGUGGUACCCCUGAGUUCAGAUCAUGCAAGAGUUAUGGGUGCAGUGGGAGCAUAUGACAGACAGUAUUUGGAGGCACAGAUGUCAGCUGCCACAAAUGUCUUUUACAUGCCAGGAAGCACAAGUCCCUGGCCCCUGGCCAUGCAACCAACUGUGCCAGUUUCAGUUCCAUAUCAGCUUCCACCACAUCCACCAUUUCUAAUGGGAUCUCCAUUCUUAAUGCCCUGCUCACCUUCAGUAGUCAUGGAAACAGAAGCAGGUGUUGUGGUUCCAGUUCAGAUGCCACCUGUGUAUCCUGGUCCAUUUACUGCACCAUGCUCCCAAGACUCAGCUACUCUGUGGGACCAGAGAUGCUACAUGGCUACUGAAGGCCCUCCAGUGAUCCAACGUGCUGUAGCAGCAGAGGACAUCAGAGACUCCAGCCAGGAGGGAAACUCAGAGAAGUGCCAAGGGACAGAUACCUUGGGAGACAUGAGAAGCCACAUUCAAGGUCAAAGUCCACGAGAAAUCCAGAAUAGGGAUGCCCUAGUGGACAUUGAAAAUGACAGUGAAGAUGAAGAACCGGAAACAUCAGCAGUAGCAGCAGAAGCAGCACCAGAGGAAACAGAAGCAACAGACGGAGCAAAAGAUGGAGACAAAGAAGAGGAGGAGGAAGAAGAGGAGGACGUGGAGGAGGAGGAGGAAGAGGAGGAGGAGGAAGAAGAGGAAGAUGAGGAGGAGGAAGCAGCAGCAGCAGCAGCAACAGCAGCAGCAGCAGCAGCAACAGCAGCAGCAUAUUAUGACAACGUAGCUCUUCAGAAUCUUCAGGAGCUACACCUUCCUGAGCAAGGUGAGCUCCAUAGCCAAAGUGAAAAUAGUCCCCAGGCAUCAGUUCAAGCUUCCCCGUAUUUCGGUAGAAGUCAAAUCAAGGGAGAUGAUGUGGAGGAGGCCCCGCCAGCCCCUGUGUGGGAGAGCUGGAGCCAAGCUGUUAGAGAAAGCCCAAAGAAAGAGCAACCUCAGCUGCCGAGGAAGGAGAAGAAGCCACAAGUGGAAGCAGCUUCAGAAUCCCAGCCCGUCUCACACUCUCAGAUGAACUGGGUCUGCUCACGGUGUAAGGCUAUGAAUUUUUCAUGGCGCAAAAUCUGCUAUAAAUGCAAGAAAGUUUGUAUGUCAGCUGAUUUUGGAGGACAAACUCACUGAUUCCAGAAGUUUUGCACGAGGUGGACUCCUGAUGGCUGUUCCUGAUGGGAUGACACUCUUAAGAAGAAGAUGAAGAAGAAGAAGAAGAAGAAGAAGAAGAAGAAGAAGAAGAAGAAGAAGAAGAAGAAGAAGAAGAAGAAGAAGAAGAAGAAGAAGAAAGUUAUGAAACCCUUUGCCCUCCCUUUCAUUAAUUUUGUUUCCUGAAAACACUACAUAUUUAGAAAUAGAACUUCUUCUCAAAAAUGCUGUCUUUCCUUUGUUUGCUAUUUUUCUUUUGACUUUUAAGUCUAUAGGUUAAGUUGUGUUUAGAUGUUGCAGCUCCACAGAUUUGCUUGUUGCUGAGGAAGCUGAACUUGCUCCCUUAUAACACCGGUAAUCCAAGAACCAGAAGAAACACCUUAGUUCUCAUGGGCCUCAUAGAUCAGUGGGACCCCGCUAGUGGAAGCAAAGAAAAGUUUAGCUAUUAGGAAAGAAAAGCUCCUGGUACACAUUAUGGGGACACUGAAGAACAAUGUAGUUUUGUUAGAAUUUAACUUUUUCACUGGGAGGAUGAGCUAAGUUUAACGAGUUCAGGAUGUUGUAAUGUUAAAUUCCAUAAGAGAACAGCUUUGAUGUAUUUCAUGUAACUCAUGAAAUAAUUAUCAUUUAGAGACUUUCAUCAGUGAAUUAAAUAAACCGUUCUUUUAUAUGCUCUCAUCCCAAGUGAGGUAAACUAGCCAGGAAGGAGCCAAGGAUGGGAAUUUAGCUUUUUUCUCUACUCUGAACUUAGUUAGUUCCUUGAAUUAUUCCAACUUAACCACAUUCUACCCUUUCAGGUUUUUUUCUUCAUCUUCUGCUAUCAACAAUAAAGAG